GGAAGUCAAUAACUUAUUGAAAUUAUAAAUCCACACCUUGCGGUCUAAUUGCAAGGUUGUAGCUCUAGAAAAAUAUAGCUAGCUAGAAGGACAUUUCAGUUAUAUAUACUGGAAGACCUACUGCAGUAUUAUAGCAAGACUACUCAGAGAGGAACUCAGAUAGGAAUACGAAAUCACUCAACGCAACGCUCACGUCGUGCUGUCCAGUGCUAGAGACAGUAUACACAACAAUGAGCACAAAGCGAAAGUCCACCAACAGUCCUGAUGGAGCCAAAGGACUCGCAGACACAGGAUGGAUCGAUGUACAAAAGAAGACCUUCACUAACUGGGUCAAUGACAAACUGAAAUCCACCGAGUCCCAGGUUGAGGAACUACAAAGUGGUCUCAAGGACGGAGUGGCCUUGAUCACUCUCCUGCAAAUACUAGCUCCUGGCAAGAAAAUGCCUGGAAAGUUCAAAGCAAAACCAAAGAUGGAUGUCCAUAAACGAGAAAACCUUGAGAUCGCAUUUCGAUUCAUGCAAGAUGUCGAAAAGAUUCCAAUGGUCAAUAUUGGUGCAAGCGACAUCUACCAAACGAACCUCAAGCUAAUCCUCGGCCUUAUAUGGGCUCUCAUCCUUCGCUACCAAAUCGCUGGUCCCUCUGGAGAUGGGGGGCCGGAAACGAAGGAAUCGAAAGAAGCCAAAAAGAAGCGAAAGACGGCUAAAAAACUGUUGCUAAAUUGGGUGAACUCUGCCAUCCCAAACAAACAAGUGGCAAAUUUCAACACAGAUUGGAAUGAUGGACUAGCUCUCUCUGCCUUAGUGGACUACUGCAAACCUGGACUUAUCCCAAACCACGCCUCUCUUGAUCCAAGCAAUGGGCAGGAAAAUAUCAAGAAUGCCAUGGACAUUGCUGAGAAGGAGCUGGGUGUACCACAAGUCAUGCACCCUGACGAUAUGGCUGUGGAGAAGCCAGACGACCUCUCUGUUAUGACGUACAUCUCUGCAUAUUGCAAGCAAGACUCUCCUGGGCGCAAUUCACUAAUUGACUGGAUCAACAGCAAAAUUCCCAACCAGCCCGUGAGCAAUUUCUCCUCUGACUGGACCAACGGACAAGCUGUGGCCGCCCUUACCGAUUCUCUUACUGCCGGGAAGUACCCAGACUCUGAGCAGAUGGACCAUUUUGACUCAUUCAAAAACUGUCAAAAUUCAAUGGCCGCUGCUAAAGAGCUCCUCGGAGUAGAAAUCAUCGUCCCCCCCGAGGAUUUUGCCGAGACUGAUUUAGACGAUCUCACAAGAAUGUCGUACCUCACACAGUUCCAGCACGCCACACUCCCCACCACCCCUAGUCUGGCAUCCACCCUGAAAGCUGUUGGACAUGGUAUCACUGGAGACUCUGCCGAGAAAGAAACAAGCUUCUUUGUACGAGGCCCAAGGAUCCCAAAAUGGGCCAAGUUGGAUGUGACCGUGAAGGGACCCGAUGGAGAAGAACUUCCUAUUAAGAAGCAACCGCAAAGCGGCAAAGCUGUCUCAUUUUUUUAUACUCCUGAAACUGCUGGAAAUUACAGUAUCGAUAUCAAACUCAACAAUGAAGCGAUUCCGAGCUCUCCAUUCCGAGUCGCCCAUACACCCCCUACAAAUGUUCAAGGUUGUCACGCAACUGGAACCGGCCUUUCCACAUCUCGAGUCGGAGACACAGCUGCCUUCAGUGUGAACUGUGAGCAAGGUGGACCUGGUGAGCUACAGGUGGAAGUAGAAGGACCUAACGGAAAUGUUGGAACUGAAAUAGAAGAAACACAACCCAUGAACUAUAGUGUGAACUUUACACCACUUGAAUCUGGCCAGCACGGAGUCUCAGUGACAUGGGCAGACAAACACAUUCCAAACAGCCCAUUUCAAUGCACAGUAACUGAUCCGAAACGCUGUACGGCAAGUGGGCGAGGCCUAACUCGAGCAAGUGUAAACGACCCUCAGACAUUCAACAUCAAGGCCGAGAAGGCUGGACCUGGAGAACUGAACGUGAAUAUCAAAGGCCCAAAUGGAAGUGUUCCAGUAGAGACAAAAGAUAUAGGAAAUGGAAACUUUGAGUGCACGUACCUCCCGAAAGACAAAGGUGCUCAUGAGGUGGAUGUACAGUGGUCAGGUGCUCCCAUAGUCGGCAGUCCCUUCAAAGUGAAUGUCACCGCCCCAGCCGAUGCCUCGAAAUGCCAAGUCAGUAAUCUGCCUGAGGGUCGUCUUCGCGCCAACAAGACAUACUCAUUCAAUGUUGAUAUCUCUGAAGCCGGAUCUGGUGAGCUCACAGCCUCUGCACACGGCCCCACUGUGCCCGAAGACUGCAAUGUCAGCGAAGAACAAACCACAUGCACUGUCAACUUCACCCCCGCUGAGGUGGGACCAAUUAAAGUCGAUGUCUCAUACGGAAACAAUCCAAUUCCAGAAAGUCCGUUUCAAUACACUGUGAAUGACCCCACUAAAGUCAAAGUAAACAGAGCUGCCAUUGAGAGUGGAACCUACCAAUUGAAGCAACCUAUCGACUUCAAAGUUGCUGCACAAUACGCAGGAGAGGGGGAUCUCACCGCCUCCUUCAAAGGACCCAGCGGAGAUGAGGAGAUUGAGGCCAAGAGCCAAUCCAACAACAACUAUCUGUUGCACAUUUGCCCGGAGGAAGGUGGACCUCACGUCAUUGGAAUCAAAUUUGAUGGAGAUGAUAUACCUGGAGUCCCCAUUCGAAUCUUUGUUGAAGCUACCAGUAUGGCCGAUAAUGUGAUUGUCUCUCAACCCAUGCCCAGCAAGAUUGGAGCGUUCCUCAUUGAAUACCCAUACCCUUACAAAGUGAAUGCCUCUGGAGCUGGAAAUGGAGAACUAACUGCCACAAGUGUAGGAGCUCGUACUGGAACUAAACCAAAAUUGGAUAUCUCAGACCUGGACAAUGGACAGUACGCAGUCACUCUCAUUACCACAACCCCUGACGACUACAUAAUCAACAUUUUGUGGUCAGAGGAGGCUGUACCCGGAUCUCCGUUCAACCUCACCGUGGAGGACAAGCCACGCCCAGAGAAGGUGAUCACAGACGGACCUCACUAUCAGAUUGGCUCUCUCUCUCCCGUUACACUCGACGUCAACACUGAGAAAGCUGGUGCCGGAAAACUCUCUGCAACUGUGUAUGGCAACGAAGUUGGAUCUGUGCCAACAGAAAUUAGUGAUGAAACUGACCCAAGAAAAUACAUUGUCUCCUUCACCCCUCCGAAGUUUGACUCUUACUCCAUCAGUGUCCUCUGGUCUUCUGAAAAUGUAACAAACUCUCCAUUCAAGAUUAAUAUCACUCCCCCUGAUGCUAGCAAGUGUGUUGUGACUGGUCCUGAAGUGCCUGCCGAUCCUACUGAAGGGGUGGAGCUUCGUGUGGAUGCUACUCUCGCUGGAAAUGGUAAUCUCACUGCUACGGCUGUGGGCGACACUACUGGAGAAACAGACACAAUUAUCACAGAGACAGAACCAAACAAGUUUAAUGUGAGCUUCAUUCCAGCACUUGCCGACUACUACACAUUGGACGUACUAUGGGGAGGAGAACGCGUUCCUGGAUCUCCAUUCAAAGUCAACGGCAUUGCAGCUGAUGCUGAGAACGUAAUGAUCUGUGAGCCACCCACUGCCAUGCUCGAGGCCGGACAAGCCAUUGGAAUCUGUUUUGACACAUCUAAAGGAGGAAGAGGCGAACUCACUUCCAUUGGCCGAGGCAACAAGAUCGGAGAAAUACCCGUGUCCGUACGUCAGAGGUCCGUUGCCAAGGAGAAGUACGAUGUGCGAUUCACACCGCUCGAACCAGAUGUGUAUGUGAUCUCUGUUUUGUGGGCAGGAAAGAAUGUGAAAGGCUCCCCGUUUACCAUCAACCUGAUGCCUGUUGAUGUGACAAAGAUACGCGUGAUUGGACCGACCAUUUCCCCCAGCCCUAAAGGACCUGUUGAGAUGAUGUUGCAAACCUCUGCAGCAGGCAAGGGCAAAGUGACUGGUACUUGUUCUGGAAAGAAUGUUGGUGAUGUUAAAGUCGCUAUAAAAGAAACUUCAACUGACAUUUACCAACUUGGAUUUGUUCCACCCCAACCGGACAUUUACAAACUUUCUGUACAGUAUGGAGGCCAGGUUCUAGUUGGAUCUCCAUUUCUCAUCAACACUCUCCCCUCUGAUGCUGGACUGGUCAUCGUUACGGAGCCAGACACAGUGGCUCUUGCUGAGUCUCUGCAUUACAAAGUGGAUGCUACAAACGCUGGAAAUGGAGCACUCUUCACAAUCUGUCGUGGAGAAAACUAUGGACAGGUGCAACUGGACACACUUGAAGAAAGCCCUGCCUUGUACGACAUCUCAUUUACUCCACAUCACAGUGACCUCUACAAAAUCACAAUGGAAUGGGAUGGAAAGAAAGUUCCCAGAUCUCCAUUCCAAGUCGAUCUCCGGCAUCCGAUGGCAAACAGAGUGAAAGUUCGUGAGCUGCACAUUCCUCAAGAAGCAGGGACUGGAGAGGAAGUAUGGGUGGAUUUAGACUGCUCUGGCGCUGGUCAUGGUGACAUCAUGGCUGAAGCCAGAGGAAAUCUGGUUGGAAAAGUUCCUGUGACUGCUAACAAAACUUCCAGAGGCAAGUAUCGAGUAAAGUUCCCACCUGUUCAAGCAGACAUCUACAAUUUCUCUCUUGCCUAUGGAGAUGAGCAGAUUCCUGGAUCUCCAUUCUACAUCAACCUUGUGCCUCCCCAACCCAAUCUAGUGCGUUUUCUUGGAACUUCCAAACCAGAAGGAGUUAGCGGACCUAUCGAGUUGCUUUUUGAUAUCAAAGACGCUGGAAAUGGAGAGAUGGCAGCUGACAUAGCUGGAGACACUUGUGGCGUGGUACCAGCAAAGAUUGAGAAGCCUUCGCCCACUCAGUGUAAAGUAUCCUUCGUGCCCAAACAACAAGAGAUGUACAGUGCUGCUAUCUUGUGGUCUAAACGUCCCAUCGUUGGUUCCCCCUUUCGAGUGGAUGCCCGUCCGACUUUGCAUCCGGAGCUGGUGGUUUGUGGUAAGCCACUGUACACGGACAUCAACAAGCCCGUCACACUGGCAAUGGAUAUACGUAUGUCUGGACCUGGAGUCGUUACAGGAGUGUGUUCAAGUGAUGAAGGAGAUAUCGUACCCGUAAGCGUCACAAAGGGAGCCUCAGCUGACCUCUUGACCUUGGCAUAUGUACCCCCGAAACAUGGAAUCUACAAUCUCUCUGCUUUCUUCGAAGGAGAAGAAGUUUCUGGAUCUCCUUUCACAGUCAACUUGAAACCUAUCAGCGAAGUAGCAGAGAUGCAUUUGAUGGAGAAUGUUGAAGAAGCAAUUGCUAUUGUUGUAGGACUUGAAGAAUCUGCUCCAGACACACAAGAGGAGAGCACAGAUUUGAUUGAACUGACCGCUUUCAUUGGUGAACCUCUAGACGUGGCUAUCGAUGUUGAAGAUGAAUCGCAAAAAAAUGGUGAGCUCACAGCAAGUGGCUACGGAGAUGUAACUGGACCUGUGACCGUACAAGCACUCAAAAAUGAAGAUGGAACCUUUGCUGUACAUUUUGACCCCACAACACCUGAUCGCUACUGUCUGGAUGUCAAACUAGGCGGAGAACAUGUACCAAACAGCCCUAUCAUUAUAAGCUACCUCACACCUGUCAUUGCUUCUAAGUGUCGCAUAUUUGGUCUGCAAGAGAUACCGUCAGUACCUCAAGUUCAGGAACCUAUUCACUUUGGAGUAGACACUCGUGAGGCUGGCGUUGCCAAGCUCCAUGUCACCUCUGACGGACCCUCUAUAGAGGGUGAACCAUCGAUCCUCGACGUCAAAGAGAGUGACAAAGAUCCUGGCAUCUACAACAUCACCUACCUCCCUACAUGUGUGGGUCAACACAGAGUACAUCUUCUGUGGGGAAAAGACAAAAUUCCUGGCUCCCCUCUCUCAUUUGAAGUCGGAGAUGUCACACAACUCCAAACAUUCCCAUUCGGAAAGCCAGUUGCAUUGGACUUUGCUGUUGAUCGCAAACUAGGAGACCUUGAUGCUCAUACAGUUCAUGAAGAGAAUGGAAAGAAGACCAAGGUAAAGGUCACCAAACAAUCCAAGGGGAAGUUUAAGCUCGGCUUCCAGCCUGCAGAGCCAGGCAUUUACAAUGUGCAUGUGAUGGUCAAGAAAAAUGAAAUGGCUGGCAGCCCAUUCAGAAUUCGUGUUCUCCCUCCGCCAAACCCCAGUGGAGUCAAGAUCGAAGGUCUAGAGAAUGGAUACGUUAACCAACCAGUGUCCUUUGUUGUGAAUGCCAGACGGGCUGGAGGCGGAGAUUUGAGUGUGCGUGUGUCAGGACCAAAAGAGGUAGCUGAAUCUGACCUCCAAGUCACACCAGGAGGCAAAGAGGGGCUCUUCAAUGUCCAGUGCAUUCCUCGUGUUGCUGGAACUCACUCGUUCAAGAUAUCCUGGGCCGCCACUCCAGUUCCAGGCAGUCCUUUCAGUGUAAACGUGGACGAGCUACGACCAGAAAUACAGAAACCUCUAGUUGCCGAGGCUACAAACCUCGUGGUGGUGGGUCAACCAGUCGACGUCCGUGUCUCCGGUGUGGCUGACUCGGUGAAGCUUUCUUCCAACUGUGAGGGUGAGAGGUCUGGAGAUGCUACUGUCAGUGUGCAACGAGAACAAGACGGCUCUCAAAUCAUUCAUUUUGUCCCAACAUAUGCCGAUGACUUUACUCUGCACAUCUUGCUCGGUAAAGCUGAUAUUGAAGGGAGUCCAUUCUCAAUAAAAGCUGUCGAGCGUGAGGUACUCACUGAGGACUACAACCAUCCACCUGGAAUGACCCGCAAUGACGUCAAAGCUGGUGAAAUUGUCAAUUUAAUCACACCAAUCCAACGAUCAAAGGUACAUGCUACCGCUGACGGUCCUUACGGACUUUGCCCCGUGGAUGUAAAUUCAGAGCUGCCUGGUGCUGUUGGUCUGGGUUUCGUACCACCCCUCAGUGGAGACUACUUGCUACGCGGCAAGGCCAACUCUGAUAUACCAGGAAGCCCAUUUAAGAUCCGAGCUUAUGGAAAAGAUCCAGACCCUAACAAAGUACAGAUUGUCGAUGAAGAUAUGGCCAUUUUUGAGAAAGUUUUGCCAUUUGGACGCUCUGCAAAGUUCCGUAUCUCAACUGUAGACGCUGGACCUGGUACACUGAACAUUACGUCUCGUGGUCCAGGCAAGGCCGAUGUCAAAGUGUUUGACAACAAAGAUGGCACCUAUUCUUGUGAGUUUUCCCCAAGCGUUGCUGGCAAGUACCACAUUGACAUUCUUUGGAACGACGAACACAUCAAGGGCAGUCCAUACCUUCUCACCUUCAAGUCUAAGAAAAGCCGAGUCAUUACUGGACUGGACUUGGAGAAUGAAAACUUCCGUAUCGAUGUUCCCCACCGUUUCAAACUUCAUUGUGACGAAGUCGGAGAGGGUAUUCUCCAAAUCACUCUCACCCCCUCAACUGCAGCUUUGGUCCGUCUCACACCUGUACCUGGCGGAAACUCUUAUCAGUGUGAAAUCAUCCCUAAGGAGGUCGGCAACCAUCAGAUAUUUGUCUUGUACAAUGGAAAGCACAUUCUUGGCAGUCCAUUCAACGUGCAGUUUGAGCUACGCGGAGAUGCAUCGAAGUGUCGAAUGAUUGAGAGCUCCAUUGAGAACGAACAACAAAACACAGAUAAUGUCACCUUCUGUAUAUCCACUGAAGGUGCUGGUAGGGGCAAGCUGACUGCUAAUGUAGAGAAUACUGAGUCAAAAGAUCGAGUGCCCGCGACUAUUGUUCAAACCUCCGACGAUCGCUACAACAUUGAAUUCAACCCCUCGGAUGGUGAAGAAUAUCUACUUACAGUCAAGUACGAUGAACAACAUAUUCUUGGAUCUCCCUUUAAGCUUGUGUUCGGGCCACCUGAAGUUGAUGCGUCUAGAUGCACAGCUGAGGGGGAUGGUCUGGUUGCUUGCAUUGUCGACAAGUGGGAGACAUUUAUAGUGGAUACUAAAGAAGCAGGAUCUGGAGAGCUGAAUGUGGCCAUUGAGGGCGAGGGAGACACAUCUGUAGAACCCAAGAUCUCACCUCUAACUGAUACCAAGCUUGAAGUCAAGUACAUGGCCUCCCACCCAGGAGAGUACAAGAUAUUUGUGACUUGGGGAGGGCAGCAGAUUCCAAACAGUCCCUAUGCAGUGACUUGCUACAAGCAAUCAGAUCCUAAUAUGUUCACUGUUGAAGAUGUAGUCAAUGAAGUGUAUGUCGGUACUCCUGCGACAUUCACCAUCAUUGCCGGGAACUACCCAGGAGAAGGGGACCUUGCAGUGGUUGCACAGUCAUCGCAGCUAAACAAGAGUGUCUCUGGCGUUGUGGAGAAAGAUAGCGAGCGCAAAUAUUUGUGCACUGUGGACAUUCCUGACGCAAGUAGGUACAUGAUGCACGUACGUUGGAAUGGCAGUCACAUUCGAGGCAGCCCCUUCAAGAUAAAGGUCAUGAACCCUCCAAAGCCAAAUUUGGUGAAGGGGUAUGGACCUGGACUAGAGGACGGGGUUGUUGGACAAGAAGGAAACUUCACCGUAGAAACAGGAGAGGGUGGAGCGGGCACUCUGGCUGUCAGGGUGCAUGGUCCAAAGGGAGCAUUUAAGAUCAACAUGCGUCGUCAUCCCGACAAUGAUCGAACCAUCUUAGUGCGUUAUGAUCCCAACCACGCUGGAAAGUACACCAUUGACAUCACCUGGUCUGACAUUAACAUUCCAGGAUCACCCUUCACUGUUAUAGUCAAUGAACAGAAAUCCUGAAUCUGACAAACUCUACAUAAAUGUGGCAUUUAUAAAUUGUAUUUUUAGAUCUACAUAGUUGAAGAACACUCAUUUAGCUUGUAUGUACAAAUUCAUUAGCCCUUUUGAUUUUUAUAUCACUCCCAAUUUCUCAUGAUUUACAAUGUACAUGUAAAUGACCAUGACUUUUAGAAUUUU